AUGUCGCGGCGCAAGAAGGAACUGCAAACUGUCAGUCCCCCGAAGGACUUCGAUGAACUCUAUGUCGAGAACGACUCGGUCGACGAUGAAAUCGCACGCGAGCUUGAGGAAGAACGGCAGAAGAUCCUUGCUGCAGCCGGUCAACCUAAGGAAACAGCUUCGCAUCUUGACAGCAACGAUGGGCAAAAUAACACAGAGGAUGAUAGCGAUACAUACGGUGACUCGGACGUUGAAGAGGAUGCGAAUGUUGUAGACGAGGAUGAGGACUCGGCAGACGAGUGGCAACCUCCCGAGCCAGUUUCCAAGUCCACACGACGCAGUAAACGUGGGAGACAUAAGUCGAGUUCAGAGGACAGCAAUGACGAAGCAGUUGCCGAUAUAUCCGACGAGGAUAGUCUCAAACCUGUCGCGAAGAAACCGAAAAAGGCCGCCAGCAGAAAGUUGAAUGGUGUCAAAUCGAAAGCCAGAGCUAAAACUCCUAGGUCGGACCUACCAAUACCCAGAACAGCCGACGACGCGGUCGAACAAGAAGCAUACGACUCAUUCGACGAACAAGCAGAGCGCGUACAAGCCGAAGCCGAAGCAGCGGCAGCAUGGGCUGACGUGCGGCGUCGCAAGGAAGCUGCUCAAGCCCAACCCACGACAACUGGCUCCACCUCAGACAACACGGCCACCACUUCCUCGAACAAAACGCCGCAAGCCUCCACACCCUCCCUCACAGCAUGGCUCGGCAAAGGUCCCUCCGCCUCUUCCUCUGUCGCUGAGCUUGCCGCCGCCGUGCCCAUGCCCACUACCUGCCCCGCUGCGCAGAUCGCCGACCGUAACUCGCUUUUCGUCGGCUACGUCUACCCGCUCACUACCCCUGCCCCCGCGUACAUCUCCACGCUUCUCUCGCACCUCGCUCGCGUCGUACACCCGACUGUCCCGACAGACCUCCUCCCCCCACAAUUCGCCAAUGCGCCCUCGAACAAGCGUGGAUCGUCGCAUGACAUGUACGCCUACCGCGUGCUCGAGCUGAAACGCGGGCGCACAGGGGUAGCGGGCCCGGAUGACUUCUCGCUGCAGGAAGACAAGGAGGAUGACGGUGAGCGGUGGGGUGGCGACCGCGUCUUGAGAGUUACGAGAGAGGAGGGCGCGGCGGAUGUGCUCGUGGUCGUGAGCAGAUGGUAUGGAGGGGAGCUGCUGGGUCCAGUGCGGUUUGAGCAUAUCGAGAAUGCGGCGAGAGCGGCCUUGGUGGAGCAUAUAGCGAAGGUGGAGGUGGACGAGUUCAGGCAGAGGAUUCAAUACCUCGAUCGCAAGAUUGCAAAAGCGAAAGCAUUGGUGCAGGGGAACGAGGUGCGAGAGGAGGUUGGAAAGUAUGAAGGGCUGACGGUCGAGAAGGCGCAGCGAUUGUGGUUGGCCAGGCAGAAGGCCUUGGAUGCGCUGCAGAAGCGGCUGAGCUCUCAACCGCCGCCUUCUCAAGAGCGUGAUGUCGUAGAGCAGCAGCAAGCCGCGUCCCCUGAAAAGACUGCGCCAGUCCAGGCUGCAGCCGCAUCCCCCUCCCCAACACACGAACCAACACACGAACUGCCACACGAGACUCCAGAGGGGCAACACGCAACAGUCAAAGACGAACCUCGCUCGCCCGACGAUCCCGUACCCACAGCAUCGCCUCAAUCGCAAAUCAAACUAGAACCAGCACACAGCACUUUGACGUCACCAACACACAUCAAGGACGAGCGGUCACCCUCUGCUCUCGAGGACGCUGACCAAGACGUGAAACUCAUGGUCAAACUGGAGCCCGCACAUGAUGAGGGCGAUCUGACUGGAUGGGACGAUCUUUCCUGA